ACACGUGAUCGGAGAUCAAGUUGCGUGGAUUCAAGUUGGUGCAGACGGCCGGUUGUAUGCUUCAAAUCCACAAAAUGGAUUCUUUUCGCAUGUUAUCGGCUUUGAUACGACGAACGGUGCUCCAGCGAAAGAAUUUUUCUCGAAGGAUGCAAUUUUUACGAACGUUGGCUAUACACUGAAGGGUGAGGCGUGCUGGGGAUCUCUGCACCAACAGUGUGCAUCAAAUGAACCAAUCUACGAUUGGCUCGGCAAUGAAUGGAGCAACAAAUCGGGACGGUUGGUUAACCGUGGCUAG